CUGAGUUCAUAAUAUGAGGUCGUUUUGGUUUCCAUCUCAGUUUUCGCUAAACAAGAAAAUGCAUAAUUAUGGAAUGCUUAUACUUUACAUACCAUUGCAUUUCAGCCUCAUAACUUUAUAAAUUCUCAUUAAUGGCAUCAGGCUGAGAGGCAGACAUUUACUUCGAUUAAUAUUUUUGAAUUUUUUAAAAUAGUCUAUUAUGGAUACGGAUCGAUAAAUUCAAUCGAUGAGUGGUAUAGUAGUUUCAGACGAUGACUGAUCCUGAGAAGAAAAUCUGCCGUUAUUUUAAUACUCUUGGAGGUUGCUGGUAUGGAGACAGCUGUAAAUUUCUUCACAUACCGAAUAAAAAACCACCUUGCAAAUUUUAUGGGUAGGUUACGUAUGUAUUUUGUUUGAUUUAUCUGAGUUCAUCAACUGGAUGCCGUUACGGAGAAAGUUGCCAUUUUUCACAUGACAGAACCCCUUUCAAAUCAGUUGAGAACUACAAUAACAAUCCACCAGUAGAAAUAAUCAAAGAAGUACUCAAAGAGAAUGUUGAUCCAAGUGAAUUAUCUGGAACAAAUAAUAACAAUAUGACUCAACCAAUUGUCAAUAGUGUUGAACAAGAAAUAACAGAUAAUGUUUCAGAAGCUGCUAAUUAUAAAAAUGAUAAAAGCAUGACUGAGAAUGAUGAUCAGUCAGCACAGAUUGUAUCAUCAACAAUGGACAGUAAUAAUAACACAACAGAAGUAGACAAUCUCAAUGUUGCAUCUACUGUAGGGAAUAUGAUAAUAAAUAAUACAAAUGAUACCAAUUAUGCUAAAUCGACAGCUAAUUCUGUCUAUUAUGAUACUGUCCAAACAAAAUCUAAAGAUUUUGUUUUAAAUGAUUCAUCAAAUAAUAGUGGUUUAAGAGAUGGUUGUCAAAAUUAUGCAAUAACUACAGUGUCUGGCCGUUCAAGUGGAAUGUCAAAUGACAUUGAAAUCUAUUGUGGUUCAUGUAGAAGAGUUCUUGAACGUCGAGGUAAUGAAAGUUAUUGUACUCUGUUGAAAGAUCAUUAUCUCGAGUGUUUUUUGGACAAAGAAGGGGAUCAUGUAAAAUAUGUGAAAACAAAAGCUGCUUUAGAGCCUGGACAAAUGUAUUGGUGUAAAUCAUGCAUUCUAAUAUUUGAAAAACCUUGGUCACUAUUUCAACAUAUGGCUGAUAAAGCUAAAGGGAAUAAAGUUCAACGAUGGGAGAAAAAAAUUCAUCUUGAUUGGAUGGAUAGUGUAGCAGGAUUGAUGGCAGGUUAUGAUUUGGGUUUAUUCAGUCCUACAAAACUUCGAGUUGAUUUACGCAACUUGUUAGCUGAUCAGCAUACUGUUGAAGAGGAAAUGGAAGCUGCAGCUGUUACAGCAGCUGCAAUGAUGCAAUGGUUAGCACCAUUAAGUAGUCCUUGGCGUUUACAACAACGAGAAAUGAUGCGAAAGAUUGAACAACUUAAUCGUCAAAUGUUACGAAAAGCUAAUUUAAGCUUCAAUGCUGGCUCUGGAGUUUAUAAUAUGAGAGCUGCUCUACCACCUGUACCUGUUUCUACAUGUACAUCACCUGGUCACACGUAUACAUCAAGUCGUAACACUAAUGUUUCAUUGCCAAUUACUUCUAUGCCUAAACAGAUUGAUAAUCAGGUGAAUAGUUGUGGAAAUGGUGAUUUACAAACGGACAAUUGUGAUCGAGAUUCACCUACAAAAUCAAUUUCACAAACAUCUUCAGAGCACAUUAGUGCAGCGGUAUCAAGUGAAAUAAAUUCUAAUGUACAAACAGAGGAUGUUAAUGAAUCAAGUAAUGAUAAUGUUGGUCCUGUUGGAGAUGAAGAAUAUGCACGACCAGAAUCAGCCGUAAGUGAACAAGCAGGUAUAGAUUCUUUAGCGACAACUGGAGCUUCCGGAGAUAUCCCACGGAAAGCAUUAAGUAAUGGCAUGAAACCAACACCAGAAUUUGAUGGUGGAUCAGAUGGGACAUUUGAAGUAGUUGAUUCAAAUAACACAAACAGUGCCUGUUCGGGAAAUGGUUUAAAUAAAUAUGAUGAUAAUGGACGGCGGGGAGAGUCAAAGCGUUCUCAAACGUAUUCCACAGUUUCAAAUACCUUAAGUGGCAAGAUAUCAAACUACUCUGGAACAUCAAGUUCAAAAUAUUCAGGAGAACCACUGAAAUACCAGUUUCAUGGUCGAAACUCCAGAGCACUUAGUUUUGGUCAUAGUACAUUAUUUGGAGCCGGUCAUCGAAAUUCACAUCGUAAUAUCAAUCGUGGAGGGACAGGAUUGAGUGGAACAUCAAAUCGUGGAGCAAAUGCUUUUAAUCCUCCAAGUUUUCAUGCUAGUUUAGACUUGAAUUUUGGCUUCACCAAUGAUGAAGUUGAAGAAUUACUAUCACAGGGUAUAAAACCUUGGGAUAGUGAAGCAUCAGCUGCAUUAGCCGUUCUACGAGGAGAACUCGAUCAUUUGUUGGACUAAUCGUGUUCUCAGUCAUAUUGUACGUUGUUUAUCACUUGCAUAUAUAUAGUGAAUCGUUAGGUUUUUGGGACUUUUAUUGCAUUCGGUACAUCGAUAUGGUUGUUUGCAGUCGUUUUGUUUUGGCCAACUUACUCAAGUGAAUUCCAUUUCAGUAGUAAUUUUAAAAAAUAUGUACUAUUUAGCUUUCCUUCUUUAGCUUUUUAUUGUAGUUAUUCAACUAUUAUUCUUAACCUAUAUUAUCAUUCUUCCUUAAUUUCUUCAUUUGUGUGAGUGAAUAGGCUGUUACGUGUUGUAAAGACUGUGAGAUACAGUUUAACAUUCGUCAUGUGUAACAUCGUCUUGUUGUUUUGAUGAAAUGGAAGUUUGCCUCUCCUUCAACUAAAAUUUCUUUUAUGCGAUGUGAGAAAAAUGACUGCGUGUGUGUGAGUGAUCGAAGGCCGACUUGCAUUAAGAGACCCAAACAUUUAGUUUUGAUGUUCUUCUUGUCAUGUUUCCUAUUUGUCAUUUCAUGGCGUUUAUUAUACAUAUACAUACACACAUGUUUACAGCAAUGGAACAUGGAGCAACCAAAUCUUUGAAACUCAUUCACGGCAGAUUAAUUCACUUAGCCUAUGGAAUAAAAUGUCACGUUUUUGUCUAACCUUAUUGUUCAACACAUUUACUGGUGUGAAAUCAACUGUGUAAAAGUGUGUGUUCAACUUUUUAAAGACAUUCCUUACCAAGAAGCUGUCUACCAUAUAUACAUAUUAUCAAACAAUACAAAAGUUCUUACAACUGGAAUAAUCCUGCAAUACAUGAAGUGCUCAUUAAAAAAAAACUAACAAAAUAUAUUAUUAACGCUUCAAACUGCAACAGUAAAAUAUUUUGUCAUAAUAUUCCACUUGUCAAUGUCAAUUUGACUCUGUUGCUUGUCUCACUCUCACUAUGUCUUUAUCUCUAUGUCUGUAACACUUCAACUUUUGUCCUUCCUGUGUGUACGUGUGAUUGGUUUUUUGCCCAUGCGUCCAGGCAAUCUAGAAUCAACUGUUUUCCUUUCCCAAUAUUUAAUGAUUAAAAGUGUCGUUAUUAUUCUGUUCGGCGCAGCAAAAUAAAGUAAA